CGAUCGGAACACGCGUGUUGUGCUUCUCCACAGUUUUCCCCAGGUUUUUUCGUUGAAAAGUUAUAAAAAUGAAGAAAAAAGGUCGCCGCAACAAGAAAGGGAACAAGGUAAAGUUGGAUGCUCCGAUCCACGAGGAACCGACAGCGCUGAAAAACGCCCCGCACACCUUCGUGAUUCACCGGGGUGAGAAAUGUUCCUCGGUGGUGGCGCUAUCCCGAGAUUUCCGUCGAAUGAUGGACCCAUUUACCGCUAGCUCAUUGCGCGAACGGCGGGUCAACAAGAUUAAGGACUUUGUGCAUUUGUCUGGGUUUUUCCACGUAUCGCACAUGUGCCUGUUUUCGCUGUCCAGCCAGUCGCUGUCGCUAAAGGUGAUCCGCAUGCCUAAAGGACCGACGUUAACUUUUCAGGUUACCCAAUACAGUUUGGCUAAGGAUGUUAUCAGUUUAUCCCGCAAGCAGUACGUAGAUGAUGAAAGCUUCCAGACGGCUCCGUUGGUUAUUUUGAACAGUUUCAGCGGCGAGGGAAGGCACCUCAAGCUGAUGGCGUCCACCUUUCAAAACAUGUUUCCGGCCAUCAAUUUGUCCACUGUAAAACUUUCUUCACUGAAAAGAUGCGUUCUUCUAUCGUACAAUCCGGUUUCCAAGCUUAUCGAUAUGCGUCACUAUUCGGUGACCGUGGUUCCGGUCAAUCUAAACAAGGGUGUUAAAAAGGUAGUCACACGAAACAUCCCGAACAUGGCUAAGUUUGACGAUAUAGCUGAUUUCGUGGAGAAGGGUCAUCUUUUGUCGGAUUCGGAAUUCGACGAUGAGGAAACACAUGUUGUGCUUCCGCAAAAUCUUAACCGAGGCAAUCUGGCCGAUAACAAGUCGUCUCUGCGACUGCAUGAAAUAGGGCCUCGUAUUACGAUGCGUCUGAUGAAAAUCGAGGAAGAUUUGCUGACAGGUGAGGUUCUGUAUCACGAUUAUCUUCAGAAGGAUGCCGUUGAAGUGGAAGAAAUGCGCAAAAAACGGGCCGCCAAAAAACGACUAAAGGAACAACGUCAACGGAAACAGGAAGACGAUAAAAAGAAGAAGGAAAUCGCCAAAAUCGAGCACAAAGCAAAGACAUCCGGAGGCAAGCUUAAUGAACAUGAUCAGAAGCUACUGCGAGAUGCCCAGGAAGCCAUCGGUGAAGAAUCUGACGAAGAUGACACCAAAUAUUACAAGGACGCAGUAGGUGAAGCACCAGAACAGGAGCUUUUCCAGGGUCAAAGCGGAAACCGGAAGCGACCGUUCAUUCCGAAGGGAUCGAACUAUUCUCUGAAGCCGAAAAAACCUCGGUUGGACAAGAAACGCAAGGACUUUGAGGAUGACGAAAAGGACGACCGACGUAAGGGAAGGGGUAAGGGCGGCUUCAAGAACACAAAAGGCAAAAAGGGAGGGAAGUUUUCCGGUAAAAAGUUCGGCGAAGAUUACAAGGGAAAAGGAAAAUAUACCGGUGGCAAGGGAAAAAUGGACAAGGGCAAAGGAAAGGGAAAGAAGUUCGCCGGAAAAAAUAAGGGCAAAUAAUUUGCUGUUGAAAAAAGUCUUUAAGAAAAUAUACCAGAUAUUUUAACUGA